CGCCCCCUCAACACUCUCAAGCCCUCUGUUGCUCCGACACUAACGGAGAUGGAUGAGAUGACAGAGACAUGGUGGCCUCGGGCACCUCAUCCCUCAGUCGCCGCCCACCCCAGAGAUGGAGGGGUCGAGGCGGCGGGGGGGGGUGUGUGAGAGGGGGACCCAGUGGUAGAUAAAAGGAUGGCGAUGCUAGCGGGGGGAGUCUAGGAGGCUCCAACGGAAGCAUGAGCGGUGGCGCAGACCCGAAGCACACUGCAGAGAUGGACCCUGACUCGGACCCUGGCCGGGCGGCCGUGGCCUCUGCUUACCAGCGCUUUGAGCCCCGAGCCUAUCUCCGCAACAACUACGCACCUCCUCGUGGGGACCUGAGCAGCCCUGACGGCGUCGGGCCUUGGAAGCUGCGCUGCAUGGCACAGACUUUUGCCACCGGCGAGGUGUCUGGACAGACCCUCAUUGACAUCGGUUCAGGCCCCACCAUCUACCAGCUGCUCAGCGCCUGUGCCCACUUUGAGGACAUCACCAUGACGGAUUUCUUGGAGGUCAACCGGCAGGAGCUGGGCCUCUGGCUUCGAGACGAACCAGGAGCCUUUGACUGGAGUGUGUACAGCCAGCACGCCUGCCUCAUCGAGGGCAAGGGUGAGUCCUGGCAGGAGAAGGAACGCCAGCUGCGGGCGAGGGUGAAGCGAGUCUUGCCCAUCGAUGUGCACCAGCCCCAGCCCCUGGGUGCUUCAAGCCUGGCACCCCUGCCCGCCGAUGCCCUGGUCUCUGCCUUCUGCCUGGAGGCUGUGAGCCCAGAUCUUGCCAGCUUCCAGCGGGCUUUGCGUCACAUCACCACAUUGCUGAGGCCUGGGGGCCAUCUCCUGCUCAUCGGGGCCCUGGAGGAGUCGUGGUACCUGGCUGGGGAGGCCAGGCUGUCUGUCGUGCCAGUGUCGGAGGAGGAGGUGAGGGAGGCCCUGGUCCGUGGUGGUUAUGAGGUCCGGGACCUUCGCACCUACCUCAUGCCUGCCCACCUCCGCACGGGUGUAGAUGAUGUCAAGGGCAUCUUCUUUGCCUGGGCCCAGAAGAUGGAGGUGCAGGUGUGAGGGCCCAAUGCGCCAGGUGUCCUGUGCCUCCCAAGCUCCUUAUUUCCUGAAGUGGCACCUAAUAAAGCGACAGUUCCC